UUACGCCUGAGGAGCGAAAUGGAGCUAUCCACAGCAGUGAUUGAUCCUAAGUGGGAUUUGCAGCCAAACACUACUCCUAUGGGAGAACUGUUCGACCUACGCAAAGGAGUGACGAAACAAAAAAAAACGGAGAUACGAGUGGCCUUGACGGAUACCACCGUGCCUUUAUGCUCUGUGUGCUGCAACGCACGGCGCUCCGUCGCUCUGAUGUCGUGUUUACAUAUUGCUACCUGCGUGGAUUGUUCGUUUGCAAUUCGUGAAUGCCCUCUCUGCAGAUUGAUGAUCACUGGCUACAUGAUGCCUAAAUUUGAGCCCGACGGUUCGUUCUGGAAGCAGCCAGAUUGCGUGGGUGGAAAUCAUUUUAUGAACCUGCCGUGUGGCCACUUGGUAGAGUCAUGUGUCCCGAACAACGUCAAUCGAUGUCCGAGAGCGGAUGCUGUGGAAGAGGACGAGAUCUAUUGCGUCGUGUGUGGUGACUCGAAAUUGGGCAAAUUAAAGGUUUACAUUUAAUCACUGAAAGUAUAAAUCCAUUAUUGUGUAGGCAGUGCUCGAAUUAUUGGCAAAAUAAAAUACAUAUAAGUACCAAUAUACGUUAACAAAAAUGAGUACCCUGUUUACUAUUGUACAAUUUGAGCGUUCCUGUCUGUUCUUACAUCACGUAGUUCCGUAUCACUCUUUUCAUAUUAAAAUUUAUUAAUAUUUACGUGUUGUAUUAUCCAAAACUAAUUUAAUCGUAAUUACUUUUAUAGUAAAUAAUCAAUUAAAACGAUUAUAGGUUAUUACUAUUAUUUAUUAGGUAUACUUUACUUUAUAAAAUUAUAAAAAUCACGAUCAAUGAUAACUGCAUAUAACAUAAACCAUAUAAAUGCACAGAUCCAUAUCAGUGUAGGUCACCUGACAAUUUAUUGUUAUUAUUAAUGGCAAAAAAUCAAUAAGAUAUCACCCACUAUAAAUAAAAAUGAUAUCGAGUACUUCGUGAAACUUGAUAAAAAAAAAAAUAAUAAUAAUAUUAAGAUUUAGUAUUUAGUAUUUACUAUUUACCGUACUAAAAGUACAAUUAAAAAAAAAUAUUAGUGCUAAGCUAUAAUUUCUGAUAGUACUUAGUUAGUUUAUUACUUAUGUACACGGUCCCCCCCACCAUUAAUUCGAGCACUGCGUGUUAGGGAUAGGUAGUUUAUGAUUGACGGCCGAGUCAAACAAUAGAUAAAACAGUAGGUAUACUUGUAACUUAGUAUUUAUAUUAUUAUUU